AUCCCGCUGCCAUCCCGCUCCCGUCUCGUUCCCAUCCGCUCCGCCACAGGACGACAGGAGGGAUCCGCUCCGACACCCUGGAACGCCCCGGGGGUGCACGGGGAUGGGGUCGGGGACGCCGGGAGCGGCAGGAUCUCCGUGUUGUCGUUCCCCCGCAGGGGCUUUUCCGCCAGAUCUGUAUUUCGGAGCCCAUUAAAACGCACUUUUGCAGGCGACAGCGCGUGGCUGCGAGGGGCGCCGUAGGACGGGGCACCCUCGGCACGGGGGUCCUGGGCACUGGGAUCCCCCCGGCACUGGGGUCCCUCAGGACGGGGAUCUCCUGGCACCGGGCACCCCCCCGGCACCGGGGCAGCGCUCCUGGCCGCCAGGGUGAUGUCGCCGCCUGUCAGGGCAGGGGAUAUCGCGACAGAAGGGCGGCGGCGCCGGCCCGCCCACACUCAAGAUGGCCACCGCACCUUCCCCGCGCUCCGACGCCACUUCCGACCGCCCCGCCGCCCGUCGACGCGAGGGGGCGGGGCUCGCGCCUGCGACCGACGUCACGGCGUCCGGCGUUGCGUGACGGCGACGCCGCGCGGGCGGGAGCGGGCGGCGGGGCAAGAUGGCGGCGGGGCCCAUCUCCGAGCGGAACCAGGAUGCGACGGUGUAUGUGGGGGGGCUGGAUGAGAAGGUCAGUGAGCCACUGCUGUGGGAGCUCUUUCUGCAGGCGGGACCGGUGGUCAAUACCCACAUGCCCAAGGAUCGAGUCACAGGCCAGCACCAAGGCUAUGGGUUUGUGGAGUUCCUCAGCGAGGAGGAUGCGGAUUAUGCCAUCAAGAUCAUGAACAUGAUCAAGUUGUAUGGCAAGCCGAUUCGAGUGAACAAAGCCUCAGCCCACAAUAAAAACCUGGACGUGGGGGCCAACAUCUUCAUCGGUAACCUGGAUCCUGAAAUUGAUGAGAAGCUGUUGUACGACACCUUCAGCGCCUUUGGGGUCAUCCUGCAGACACCCAAGAUCAUGCGAGACCCUGACACGGGCAACUCCAAGGGUUAUGCCUUCAUCAACUUUGCCAGCUUCGAUGCUUCGGACGCUGCCAUUGAGGCCAUGAACGGACAGUACCUCUGCAACAGGCCCAUCACCGUUUCCUAUGCCUUCAAAAAAGAUUCCAAAGGCGAGCGGCACGGCUCUGCUGCUGAGCGUCUCCUGGCAGCCCAGAACCCGCUCUCGCAGGCGGAUCGGCCCCAUCAGCUCUUUGCCGACGCUCCUCCUCCUCCCUCUGUCCCCACUCCUGUUGUCGCCUCCCUGGGACCUGGCGUCACCCCUCCAGGUCUCCCACCCCCAGGAUCAUUCCCCCCGCCGGUGCCGCCCCCCGGAGCGAUGCCUCCCGGAAUGCCUCCUGCCAUGCCACCCCCACCCAUGCCACCUGGUGCGGGUGCCCCCGGCCCCCCUUCCGGGGCUGCACCCACUGGGGGACACCCGCCUCACCCCCACCCCUUCCCUCCGGGCGGGAUGCACCAUCCAGGAAUGCCUCCCAUGCAAGUUCACCAUGGGCCACCCGGGAUGGGCCAGCAUCACCCAGGACCCCCAGGCUCCGGAGGCCAGCCUCCCCCACGGCCCCCACCUGGCAUGCCUCACCCUGGACCCCCACCCAUGGGUAUGCCACCCCGAGGACCUCAUUUUGGGUCGCCCAUGGGUAAGUGGGUGCCUGCAAGUGGCGGUCACCCAGGCCCCAUGCCGCACCACGGGAUGCGUGGCCCUCCUCCGCUGAUGCCUCCUCAUGGGUACAAUGGUCCCCCUCGCCCCCCGCCCUACGGCUACCAGAGAGUCCCCCUGCCCCCCCGGCCUGCACAGAGGCCCCCCGGGGUGCCGCCGCGCGGCCCCUUGAGGGGCCCCCUGCCCUAAAUGCCGCAGUGGCAAAACCCCCUCUGCUCUGGGGCUCCUUCCCUCUCUGUCCUCAAAUGUUCAUUUCCCCUUGGACUAACGUGCCCUCACCCAGGAGGAGCAGCUGGUUCCAGCCCUGUUGCCACUCCCCACUCUGUCUUUCCCUCUCCCCAUCUUUCUCCCCAUUUCUUUUUAUAUUGUUCGUUUUGGUUACUUUUUCCCUCCUCCUUCCAUUUAUCUCAGCCUUGAAGAUUUGUCAAGGUACUUUUACCAGGAUUUUUUUUUUUUUCCCUAUGUAAAGCAGUGAUUGCCCAUUUACAAAUAAAGCAUUUUAAGAAGC